CUCGCCGCUGCUCUCCGCGUUCUCGGAGACCCCAGCGCCCGCCUUCUGCAGAAGCGACCAUGGCUAUAGCUCGUGACUUGCCCUCCAGCCACUUUCCCUAGGAAGAAAUCCUCGGAAAAGUUGCAUUUUCUAAAAUCCUUGCUCUGACCUUUGGGGCCGUGGGGGCCGAAGGAGCGUGCGUGCGUGUGUAAGCAAGAAAGGGAAAGGUGUGUGUGCAUGGGGGGCCGGCCGUGGGGGCACCCUCCGCUGCCACUUCUCCUGGCGUUCUGCUGAGGCUGUGGCCCCCGCCCCCAAGGACCCCGGGGCUACGAUGAGCCCCUGCGGGUGGGCCCGGCGACAUACGUCCAGAGGGGCCAUGGCCGUACUGGCCUGGAAGUUCCCACGAACCCGGCUGCCCGUGGGAGCCAGUGCCCUCUGUGUCGUGGUCCUCUGUUGGCUCUACAUCUUUCCCGUCUACCGGCUGCCCAACGAAAAGGAAAUCGUGCAAGGAGUGCUGCAACAGGGCACCGCGUGGAGGAGAAACCAGACCGCGGCCCGAGACUUCAGGAAACAAAUGGAAGACUGCUGUGACCCUGCCCAUCUCUUUGCUAUGACUAAACUGAACUCCCCCAUGGGGAAGAGCAUGUGGUAUGAUGGGGAGCUUUUAUACUCAUUCACCAUUGACAAUUCGACAUAUUCUCUCUUCCCCCAGGCAACCCCAUUCCAGCUGCCAUUGAAGAAAUGCGUGGUGGUGGGAAAUGGUGGGAUUCUGAAGAAGAGUGGCUGUGGCCGUCAAAUAGAUGAAGCAAAUUUUGUCAUGCGAUGCAAUCUUCCUCCCCUGUCAAGUGAAUAUACUAAAGAUGUUGGAUCCAAAAGUCAUUUGGUGACAGCUAAUCCCAGCAUCAUUCGGCAAAGGUUUCAAAACCUGUUGUGGUCCAGAAAGACGUUUGUGGACAACAUGAAAAUCUAUAACCACAGUUACAUCUACAUGCCUGCCUUUUCCAUGAAGACAGGGACAGAGCCAUCUCUUCGGGUUUAUUAUACACUGUCAGAUGUCGGUGCCAAUCAAACAGUGCUCUUUGCCAACCCCAACUUUCUGCGUAGCAUUGGAAAAUUCUGGAAAAACAGGGGAAUCCAUGCCAAGCGCCUUUCCACAGGACUCUUUCUGGUGAGCGCGGCCCUGGGCCUCUGUGAAGAGGUGGCCAUCUAUGGCUUUUGGCCCUUCUCUGUUGAUAUGCAUGAGCAGCCCAUCAGUCACCACUACUAUGAUAAUGUCUUACCCUUUUCUGGCUUCCAUGCCAUGCCAGAGGAAUUUCUCCAGCUGUGGUAUCUACAUAAAAUUGGAGCCCUGAGGAUGCAGCUGGACCCAUGUGAGGACACCUCACUCCCGCCACCUUCCUAGGUAUGACGGGAGAGGAAAGGACUGAGCCAGGGUACUUUUGCUAGGUUUUCUAAACGACUGCAAAAGGAAAUGGUCAAGUUGUUCCAUGAAUUUGUGUGGGCUACCUGGAAAAACAAGAAAGGACAACAAUCUAAGCAAUACUACACUUUAACGUUGGCUAGGAGGACAGGUAAGAACGAACCAUCUUAUGGAACUAACACAUCGUGGAUUUGCAACUAGCAAAAGACUGGUGGAACAGUGAGGUAAAACACAUUUACGUGGUUCAAGUCUAGACGACAUCAUUCAAAAACAAGGCAGACUCUGAUUUUUGAGGCUGAGGAACUCCAAAGUAGGAUAAAAGAAAUGCCGGGUUAAGUGUUGCUGAUUGUCAACAUAAACUGGCUUAAAAACAAACAAACAAACAAACAAAAAAACAAACAGAAAACCUGUCUUAUUAAGACUGGUAUUAGAACUGUAGAUUUUUUAAAAAAUUACAAUUUAUUUUUGCCCUGUUUAGGGGCAGUGAGUGGGUGAUGGGGUAGAUGAAAAAGCCCCUUACUGAGUCAUAUGGAUACAAAAUGCUACAAUUGAUUAUCCUGAUUUGUUGAAUCAUGUCUACAUCCACUGUAGUGCCCCUGUAUUUAACAAACUUUAAAUAGGCAUUGUUUCCCUUUGUCAAGUCUGCCUAGUCAUGUGAUGCAUUGUUGAAUUUAGACUGUGUGGAUUCAUAGUCUGGAUAACAUGAGCCACUUUCCCUCCUCAGAGUUAGGACAUAAGCACACAUUCAGUUUUGCAUAAUUUCAGGUCUGUGUUACAUGAGCCCGUUUGUAUUGUUAUUAUUAUUUGAGUGCAAAAGAUGGAAAGCAUGAGUGCAUUAUCUAUUUGUAAAUUGGCAUAUUGUCGUCAUCACUUAAUUUGAUCGGAGAGGAAGUAAAGCACAAUGACGUAAAGCUUAGUCUCUGUGGAAGACAGACUCAAAGGCAAAUGUCUUUUUUAUUCACUCCAAGAUGAAAGAUAAGGACACACAUGCAAGCAUGCAAAUACACAUGUCCACACACACACACACACACACACACACACACACACACAAAGUUCAUUCCCAUGCAACUGUGAAAGCUGAACUCACAUGACCUGAUAUGGCAAAGUCUGAGCCCAAGGUAGCCACUCCAUGUUGACAGACAAUGCAGUUUACUGGCUGCUACUCAAAUGCCUGUACCAGCAUGAGAUAUGAGUUCUACCUUUGAAUGUUUAGUCAGAAAGAAAAUUAUUUUUCUCAUUGUGACUCACUCCAGGAUCUUAUGAAUGGGCUCUGUACUGAGUCUGGUCACAUGAGGCAUCUUUCAUUUAAGUGAAGGUAUAUGAAUUUGUAGCCAUUCAUUUCCUCAGGAGUAGGUAGAACUACUUAGAUUGUUACCUCUGCUUUGACACACAGCAAGAACAGUCUACUACUGGCAGAUUGCAAGCAGACAGACAUGGUUACAUUUAAGGGAAAGGGAAAGGGAGCCUCUCAUUGUUGUCCUUUGGGACGACUUAAGCUAAAAGAGACUCUAGACCUCAUAUUCUUUUAAAUGUCAGCAAAAUGUAGGCAAACUAUAUCAGAAAGUUUGACUGCAAUUGUAAUAGUAGAAAUUUAGGAUGAAAAUAGUGGCAUUUCUUUUUUUGGCAGCUUAACUUAGAUACCAAAAUAACAGAACCCUUGGAAAUAGUCUACAUCAUUGGGGUAGACAAUGUUAAAAAUGAUUGAAUAUUGAGGUCAUUCAAUAUUCAGGUUAUUCUAGGUUAUAGGGGUUAUUCUAUGUAGAAAUUAGCACUUAAAAUAUGAUGGGUGACAUAACACAGAUUAUAAUAAUGAUGCUAGAAAGUUAAGAAUUUAAGAGUAUCAUUCUGUGUAAAGAUGGUUUGCUGUUCUGAUCCUGUACGACAACAAAAAUGUAGAAACUGUACUAUGAGGUAAAUAUUUACUUCAUGCAAAACUUCAAAUGCUGAAUAUAUUUCCUCUUUUGAGCUAUUAUAACUAUUUAAUAAUUACCUUUGAAAGGAAUACCUUUUUUGCCAGUAUACUUCAUUAAAAAUGUUAAAAGGUUAGUAAAAGAAAAAUGUACAAAAGUUAGUGAAAUAUGAAAUAUGAAUAACUCACAUUAGGACUUGUGUUGUUAAAAUGUUAAAGUGUAAUCCAUGAGCUCCAUUGAAAAUGCUUUCUGGAAAUUUUAUGGAUAGAUUUAUGCAAUAGGUGUGCACAGUGUUUAUCCUGUAAAUUUAAACUAGUCUAUGGGGCUUCUGGAAAGCAAAACAGACACGCCAGAUACUGGUAAUAUUUGAUUAGACUUGUGCUUCUCAUCUAGGGUGAUUCACCUCCCUGCUCUGUGACAUUUGGCAAUGACUCAGGACAUUUUUCACUAUCAUGACUCGAGGGUGCUACUAGCAUAUAGUGGGUGGAGGCCAGAGAUCUCGCUAAACAUCCUAAAAUGUACAGGUCAGUCCCUCACAACAGAUAAUUACCCGGUCUAAAAUGUCAACAGUGCCAAGACUAAGAAACCCUGGAUUAGGGCAAAAUGAAAUUUUGAUUAUUCCACAUUUUCUUCCUUUAAAGACACAUAUUCAAAGUAUGAGUGACUUAAUAAAAACAUUUUCUUCUUUUUUUUUUAAUGUUUAUAUUUAGUUUUUUUGCUAUAGAGUGUGUGUCCUCACCAGAGAAAGAGAAAAUUGGAGAGAAAGUGAGAAAGCAAAGCAUGCGUUGGCAGGAAGGACCAUGUAGCAAUCCAUUCUCCUCUCAGGAUUUUGGGCAAACACACACGUACACACACACACACACACACACACACACACACACACACACGCUGUGUUUUUUAAGCUCCUAGUCCAGGACUGGAACCAUGAAGUCGGCCAUGUGGGGUCAAUGCGCCUUAACUACCAUGCUAUCUGCUGGUCCAAGAAUGUUUUCUUAGGAUGGAUUAUCAUUUGGUAUUACUUUGUAACUAGAACUCAUAGAAAUACCAAAUACAUGUAUCCCCUUUCUGUGACUGUCUAGGCAGAUGUAUCUAAACCAAAUGUGUGUGUGUGCAUAUGUGUGUAUCUGUGUAUAGCAUGAAGUAAAGUAACCCUGUCCUCUUGAAACAUAUGUGUACCUAAAUAAGGACCUCUGUAUCCUAUAGAGUUCUCUAGAAUACUCUAGCUAUUAAGAAGUUCAACUCUAAACUCCCAUUGCUUUAUUUUGUUUAUCUGAAAUUAAGACUUUAUCAUUGAUCCUGGUAUUUUGCCAUAUUUGGUCAAUUCUAUUUUAAUACUACUGACCCUUAAGGUUCAGCUCAGAAACAUUAUUCAGGUUUUGCUAAACCUAUUCAAUAACAAAAUAUCUCAUCACUGUUGAUGUAUCUGCCCAGGGAGGGCAUCACUUUCUACCAUCAAACUAAUUUUUUACAUUUUGUUAGUGAUAAAAAUUAUGUUGUUUCAUGGGGGCAAAAGGAAGUGUUGGGGGGUGGAGAACCUAAUAGAACUUUGAAUUUUUAUUAUUCCCAAUUUGGGAAUUGCAUUGAAUCUUAAGAUCAUGAAUAAGCAUAACCUCUGUUUAAUUUUAAUCACACUUCAGUAAAAUUAAAAUACGUAAAGGAUUAAAUCAUUCAAUAAGAAAGAAAAGCAAUGUUUUAUAUGAAAUAUUUUUAGAUAGAAGAGGGCUCCUGGACACAUAUAUUUUAUUUAGAAUAUUUUACUAAAAGUUUAUACAAAAUUGUGCAUUUAAGCUGCAUCGUUCUCACAAAAGAAGUUAAGCAACUGUCUCCUGCCUUUGUGGUUUUUUUUUUUUUUUUAUAGUUCAUUAUUCAGUAUUUUAACAAAGGUAGAAAGUAAAUUAUCCAAAAUGGCAGCUACUCAGACAAUACUCUGUGUUUGGCUUUGUGAUAUCUCAUGUCUCUCUCUUGGCCUAAAAGUUGUUUAGACUAAAUAUAACAUACCUGAAGCAAUCUGGACAAUGUGGCUUAAAAUGGAAAUAGCUGAAGAAAUCCUGGGAUUCUAUAUGUGCCAAAAUAUUCUUAGAUUCAAAGUCAAAUGCUUUAUAGGCAUAUUACAGAUGAUCCAAAAUGGAACACUGUUGCUAACAUUUCUGCCAGCAGCUAUGGUAGUUUGGGAACUCCCUCGUGCUUCAGUUGGAAAGUUAGCUAUCUAUAGUUGUAAUUUUUAUUUGAAAAUCCUGACUUGGUGAGAUUUUUAGCUGACAAAUCCCUGUGAAAAGGCAUCGAACGGGCAAAAAGCCAUCAGUCUACUGACAACUUGAGUUUCAGUAUCCUGUGAAAUACCGUGUUGUGUACCUCUUCCGCAUCUAAAGCAGGUUAGCUGUUCCAUGUCUGUAGAAGUUCAUGUGAACUGGAAGACAGAUAUGUGGAAGAGUAAAGACUGAAAGAACUACUUUUCUUUAUUUCUAUACCUUUCUAAUAAGAGGCUGACCCUCUGAUUACACAAUUUUUGGUGGGCACACGUCAGGGUGGAGGUAAGUGGACAAUUUCAGGGCAUCCUGCAACCAAGGUUGGUGCCUCUAAUAAAGUCAGCAGUAUUUCUAACUAGUAAUGCUGACAGCUUCCUUCCACUCUGUGCUAGGGGAGAGGAUGAGGCAAGAGAAAAAGAAGAGAUGACCCUACCCCUAAACUCAAAGCAUACAAAGCCUCAGCGAGGUCAUCACCCAAUGAACUUGGCUUUCCAUCACCUCAAUUUCUGUCCUCUACCGGCAGAGCUGGCUUGGCUGAGAGUGAGCUAGUAGCAUUGUGACCAGAGAGUCGGUGUGGACAUGUCCUGACUGUCUGUUUUACCCUCAACCUAUGCUGCUCUUUUGAACAUUCUAUGUACAUCCAGAAGUGAGCGAUUGAAACAAGAGUGCGAGUGGUAAGCUUAUUCAAACAUAAUACAACCUCUGUUCAUCGCUGCAAUAUGGAAAAAAAAAAUACAUGCUUCUGUGUCUGUCUGAUUUUCUUUUUUUCUGGUGCCAACAUUUCUGAUUUCUACUCUCUAGCAUGUAAGGAAUACAUAUUGUAUAUUGACUUAUAAAAGCUAUGAGCAUUUAUUUUUGAUAGCUAAAGCCCACGACUGUAAGUUUUUUAAAGCACAAAAGAGGAAUUAUAUUCUAUGACCACUCAUUCACCCUCUUCCCCUGUGUUCCUGUCGAUCUCUCUAUUGUGCUAACACCCUUGCUGAUUUUGUUUUCUUAUCGAAGCUGUGGGAUAUAACCACCAAUGCAAAAGCUGACCAGGUGUUUUACAGAAUAAUACCCAAAUAUAUUGAUCCUGUGUCUUCUAUAUAAUUAGACUUUCUCCAAAUACUCGUCGUAUAUAAGUGUAUUUUUCACAGAAUCCCAAUAAACAUCCAAGAAAUGCGAUUUAGUUUAAGGCAGAGAAAAAUCAGAGUUUCAUAACUCUUUCUGCACAGUAAGAGAGACCGAAAUUGUGAUCUAAAAAAGGGUUAACCGAAUUGGAAAAAAGGAGAUUAAAUCAUGGUGGGUUUUUUUUUUUCAGUUUUUAUUAUUAUUUUAAUUUAUGUUUAUACAUUCAAUCACUGUACAUCACUGCAGCUUGUACAAUGAAUUACUCAAAAUGAAUACACUUCACACUUCAAAUCAUGGUUUUAAUGUGAAAAGAUUGUUGAGAAGGAUCUCAGGCAUAGUGAGCAGAAAACAAGCAAGAAGCUGUUUUCCUUGAAGCAGCCCCAUUCAUUGAGCAUUUUCAAAUAUUUUAAAGGAAAUACAUGUCAUUCAGUUAUGCUCCCUAAUGAGAAGAUGCUGGAGAAGAUGGUGUGAGAUCCAGAUUGUGAGCCACUUAGGGAGGGAACAGAAGAGUGUCACCUGUUACCUACUUGGACCUAGAGGGCCUCAAGGCUCCUCCUCUUCCUGCCUUUCUCAGAGUGGUGCUUCCUGAGUGUUUGAGCCCAGUGAAGUGAACAUUCACAUUUUCUUGUCUUUCUAUUUUUUUUUUUUAAUUUUGCCAGGGGGUCCAUGCCUCACCACAGAA